GAUUUCUCGGCUAUUUAUUUAUUUAAUUAAUUAAUCCUUUUUGUUGUUGUUGUUGUUGUUGUUGCUGCCGCAGGACCAAUCCGGGGCCCGCCCGGUGCCCGGAGCCGCCGCCUCCCUCCCGGCUGGUCCCGGCCCCCCGGGAUGCGGCGAGCGAGCGGUGCCGGCCGGGAGCCCGCUCCACGGAGGGAGGGACGGACGGAACACGAGCUGCCGGCUGCUUUCCCUUCCCUCUCGCAGCUGAAUCGCUUUCAUUUUUAAUUUUUUUUUUUUUUUUUUUCCCCCACCCCCUCCCCGCUUCUUCAGGGUUUUAUGCUCGGCACUAGGGGAGCCGGGAAAUUUUGUGGCCGCUGACAUAUUUUGAUUUAAAAAUCGCUGUCAGUGGACGUUUCUCCUUCUGCUCCGGCAUCGUUGUCCUGUUCACAGCUAUUUAGGCUUAAGAAGCUUGAUUCUCUAAGGCUUGUAUCCAAGGGCAUCAGUCAUUAACACACUGAGCUACAUCUGCUUCUUGGCUAAGACUGAAGAAAGACAUCUUAAGCUGGAAAUCCUGCUCGCUCACUCUCUAGUGCGUACGGAAGGGGAAGCAUAUGCAGCAGCAGGUUCCUUUUUUUUCUUUUUUUUUUUCUUUUUUUUUUUUUUUUCCCCUCCAAAGGCUGCCUCACUUUGGAGCUGCAGUGACAAGAUAAUGGAGUGAAAGUCUCUCGUUUCCAGGCAAGAAAAUUGCAGGAAUCAGAUUGAAAAAGGAGGGAGCAAGUUAUAUAGCAGAAAUAGGAAAGAGGACCGUGGUAAAGAACUGAAAAUAUAAUUAGAGGAAACAGGUGGAAGGCUGGCACAAAGCUAGGAGAUUUUUUAGCCUGAAAGUGCUGUGGUUUUUUUUUUUCUUUUCUUUUUUCCUUUCCCUUUUUUGAAAGUGGCUUUUUUUUUUCCUUUUAUUUAUUUAUUUAUUUAUUCUAGUGUUGAUUUUAAAUUCUAAGCUGAUUUUGGAGAUCUCUGCUACAACUAGGCUGCUUUAGGGUAGAACAGCUUCCCCAGCGUGUCAUUUUCUCUCUCCCUGCCUGCUGUCUCUGCUGUUGCUGCUGCUGACAGAAACGUGUUAGGAAAGCAGAAAGAGAAAAUGCCAGCCAUCCUGGUAGCCUCCAAAAUGAAAUCGGGACUACCUAAACCCGUACACAGCGCUGCUCCGAUCCUGCAUGUCCCGACGGCCAGGACCAUCCCACAGCCCUGUUACCUGAAGUUUGGGAACAAGGUGGAGGUGACGAAGCCAUUGUAUUCCAGCCAGAUUCCUCUCAAAUCUUCCAAUGGACAAGAAAACGCAGGAGAUGGUCUCCCAGCAAGGAAGAGUAGCUCGGUAGAAAAUGGAUUUGACACACAGAUUUAUACGGAUUGGGCUAAUCACUAUCUAGCAAAAUCUGGUCACAAGAGAUUGAUAAAGGACCUACAGCAAGAUGUGACUGAUGGAGUCCUGCUAGCUGAAAUAAUCCAAGUUGUAGCAAAUGAAAAGAUUGAAGACAUCAAUGGCUGCCCAAAAAAUAGGUCUCAAAUGAUUGAAAACAUAGACGCGUGCCUGAGUUUCUUGGCUGCUAAGGGGAUUAACAUCCAGGGGCUGUCAGCAGAAGAAAUCAGGAAUGGGAAUCUGAAGGCCAUCCUGGGCCUCUUCUUCAGCCUGUCUCGGUACAAGCAGCAGCAGCAGCAGCCCCAGCUCCAUCCCUCCCAGCAAGCAGGGCCUCCAUCCCAGUGCCAGGUGGGGGGCUCUCAGCAGCCGGCGCCAGCUCCGCUCCAGGCUCCAUGCCAGCAGCCCCCACAAGCUGUGCAGCAUCAGUUCAAAGCACAAUCAGAAAUGCAGUCCAGUGCAUCUCCCAGGGACUCAUCUCAAAGCAAAAUCAUCCGAUUCACUCUUGGUCAGAAAAGGUCUUCUAGACUUCCAGGUCCCACCACGAGGGUGUCCGCUGCGGGCAGCGAGGCCAAAACUCGUGGUUCCAUCAGUGCCAACAACAGACGUAGCCAGAGCUUUAACAACUACGACAAAUCUAAGCCUGGGCUUCUCCCUGCAACCCCAACAAGCAGCAAUGACAAAGAGCCUGCAGACAGCACGACCUCCCAGCCCACAGGAAUGAAUGAAAAUGUCUCAUCCUCAGUUCAAGGCUGCGGCAGUGCUGUUCCUUGCAAUAACUCCUCAGCCAUCCCUCAGCCCAGCUCUGCUAUUAAACCUUGGCGCAGCAAGUCCCUCAGUGCCAAGCACACAGCGACGUCUUCCAUGUUAUCCGUGAAGCAGCCGGCAGCGGAGCCUCCAAAGCCACCCUCGGAAAUCGCCAAAACAGCUCCCAAUGGCCAGAAAUCUAUGCUGGAAAAGCUAAAACUCUUCAACAGCAAAGGGGGUUCCAAAGCAGGAGGGACAACGCUGGAGUGUCCGGGCUCUCGGGACAACAGCUGUGAAAAGCUGGAGGCGCUUCUCAGCUUUGAGGAGAGCGAAGAAAUCGAUGCCACCAACCAGAAUGGGAACAAUCUGGGAACGAUGUCCAGCAGCCCCAAAAUUGCACUCAAGGGAAUUGCACAAAGGACUUUCAGCCGUGCACUGACUAAUAAGAAAAGUUCUCCAAAGGGUAAUGAGAAGGAGAAAGAGAAACAAAAAGAGAAAGAAAAGGAUAAAAGUAAAGACAUUACAAAGAGAACAUCCAUCACCGAGAAGCUGGACCUGAAGGAGGAACCUAAAGAGGAACAGACAGCACUAACAGCAGCAACAACAGAGAUGCCAAAAAAGUCCUCCAAGAUCGCAAGCUUUAUCCCUAAAGGAGGGAAGCUGAACAGUGCCAAGAAGGAGGCCUCCGCGCCUUCGCACAGCGGAAUACCAAAACCAGGAAUGAAAAACACCACAGGGAAAUCCUCAAGUGCCCCUGUUCCUGCAAAGGAAGGCGAGAGGAGCCGCGGAGGGAAAGCCAGCUCGGGGCUCUCGCAUCAGAAGUCCCAGCUGGACAGCCGUCAUUCCAGCUCCUCCUCCAGCCUGGCUUCCUCCGAGGGCAAGGGCUGUGUCGGAGGCCUCCACGGCAGCAGCAGCAGCCAGGCUGUGAACGGGCCCACGGUGACCACCCACACCACGGGCAGCAACACCGUGAGCGUGCAGCUACCUCAGCCCCAGCAGCAAUACAGCCACCCCAACACCGCCACCGUCGCGCCCUUCAUGUACAGAUCUCAGACAGACAAUGAAGGGAACGUAACAGCCGAGGCCAGCACAGGAGGGGUCAGCAUGGAUUCUGCUCUUUAUGUCAAAACUGCCCAGCCUGCCCUCGAGGACCUCUCGGGAGAAGAUCCGGAGACUCGGCGGCUGCGAACUGUGAAGAACAUCGCUGACCUUCGGCAGAACCUGGAGGAAACCAUGUCCAGCCUGAGGGGAACCCAGGUCACACACAGCACUUUGGAGACCACGUUUGACACCAACGUCACCACCGAGAUCAGCGGCCGCAGCAUCCUCAGCCUGACCGGGCGGCCAACGCCUCUGUCCUGGAGGCUGGGCCAGUCCAGCCCGCGGCUUCAGGCCGGCGACGCGCCGUCCAUGGGCAAUGGCUACCCGCCCCGGGGCAACGCCAGCCGCUUCGUCAGCGCCGAGCCGGGCGCCGGCCGCUACCUGUACUCGGCACCGCUGCGGCGCCAGCUGGCCACGCGCGGCAGCGCCGUCUGCCACGUGGACGUCGCCGACAAGGCCGGCGACGACAUCGACCUGGAGGGCAUCGCCAUGGACGCCGCCGGCUACAUGAGCGAUGGCGACGUGCUGGGCAAGAACAUCAGGGCUGACGACAUCACCAGCGGGUACCUGACGGACGGCGGGCUGGGGCUGUACACGCGGCGCCUGAACCGGCUGCCCGACAGCAUGGCCACGGUGCGGGAGACGCUGCAGCGCGGCACGGCCCUGGGGCUCGGCGACGCCGACAGCUGGGAUGACAGCAGCUCUGUCAGCAGUGGGAUCAGUGACACCAUAGAUAAUCUCAGUACUGAUGACAUUAACACGAGCUCCUCUAUCAGCUCCUAUGCCAACACACCUGCGUCCUCCCGCAAGAACUUAGAUGCACAGACUGAUGCAGAAAAGCAUUCCCAAGUGGAGCGGAAUUCCUUAUGGUCCGGUGAUGAAGUCAAGAAAUCUGACGGGGGAUCUGAUAGCGGCAUAAAAAUGGAGCCGGGAUCUAAAUGGAGGCGGAAUCCCUCUGAUGUGUCAGAUGAGUCUGAUAAAAGCACUUCUGGUAGGAAGAACACUGUUAUUUCCCAGACGGGCUCCUGGCGACGGGGCAUGUCAGCUCAGGUUGGCAUUACCACACCAAGGCCUAAACCUUCAACCACCCCAGGCACAUUAAAGACACCUGGAACAGGGAAAACUGAUGACGCCAAGGUAUCAGAAAAGGGUAGACUAUCUCCUAAAGCUGGACAUGUUAAACGUUCCCCAUCAGAUGCAGGACGCAGCAGUGGUGAUGAAUCCAAAAAGCUUCCCACAAGUAAUUCUAGGACAGCUGCUGCUAAUGCUAAUACAUUUGGAUUUAAGAAACAGAGCGGGUCGGCCGUAGGCAUGACCAUAAUCACUGCCAGUGGGGCAACUCUCACCAGUAGAUCGGCUACCUUGGGAAAGAUCCCCAAGUCAUCUGGACUCAUGGGUAGGACCACUGGUCGGAAGACUAGUGUUGAUGGCUCCCAGAACCAGGAUGAUGGCUACUUAGCACUUAGUGCACGAACUAAUCUUCAGUACCGUAGCUUACCCCGGCCCAGUAAAUCCAGUAGCAGAAGCGGAGCUGGGAAUAGAUCUAGCACGAGUAGCAUAGACUCCAACAUAAGCAGCAAGUCAGCUGGGUUGCCUGUCCCUAAAAUCAGAGAGCCUGCCAAGGUAAUCCUUGGAAGCUCUCUGCCAGGAUUAGUCAAUCAGACUGAUAAAGAGAAAGGGAUUUCGUCUGACAACGAAAGCGUGGCUUCAUGUAAUUCUGUUAAAGUGAACCCUGCAUCACAGCCUGCUGCUAGCGGAGCUCAGAGUACCCACCAGCAAGGAGUCAAGUACCCCGAUGUGGCCUCUCCCACUCUGCGCAGACUUUUUGGUGGCAAGCCUAGUAAACAAGUUCCCAUCACAACAGCUGAAAAUAUGAAAAACUCAGUUGUCAUCUCCAACCCUCACGCUACCAUGAACCAGCAGGGUAACCUUGACUCCCCAUCUGGCAGUGGUGUGCUGAGCAGUGGGGGCAGCAGUCCCCUCUAUGGUAAAAGCACAGAUCUCAACCAGUCUCCACUGGCUUCCAGCCCCAGUUCUGCACACUCGGCUCCUUCCAACAGUUUGACAUGGGGUACCAAUGCCAGUAGCUCUUCUGCAGUUAGCAAGGAUGGCAUUGGAUACCAGUCUGUCAGCAGCCUUCACACCAGCUGUGAAUCCAUAGACAUCUCCCUGAGCAGUGGAGGUGGGCUGAGCCAUAAUUCCUCCAGUGGCUUGAUUGCAGCCUCCAAAGAUGAUUCUCUGACCCCCUUCAUCCGAACCAACAGUGUUAAGACUACACUGUCUGAAAGCCCUCUUUCUUCCCCUGCUGCUAGCCCAAAAUUCUGCCGAAAUACUUUGCCCAGGAGACAGGACAGUGACCCACAUCUUGAUAGGAACACUUUGCCUAAGAAGGGACUCAGGUAUACUCCAUCCUCCCAGCUCCGUAGUCAAGAGGAUGCAAAGGAGUGGCUCCGGUCCCAUUCAGCAGGAGGACUGCAGGAUACUGCUGCCAAUUCUCCAUUUUCAUCUGGAUCCAGCGUAACGUCACCCUCUGGAACUAGAUUUAACUUCUCACAGCUUGCGAGCCCCACGAGCGCGGCGCAGCUGAGCCUGUCCAACCCCGGCAUGCUGCGCACGCACAGCCUGUCCAACGCCGACGGACCCUACGACCCCUACGGCGACACGCGCCUCCGCAACAGCUCCAUGUCCCUGGACGACAAGAGCCGCACCAUGAGCCGCUCCGGCUCCUUCCGCGACGGCUUCGAGGAGGUGCAUGGUUCUUCUCUCUCUUUGGUGUCCAGUACAUCAUCUAUUUAUUCCACACCUGAAGAGAAAUGCCAGUCAGAGAUUCGCAAGCUGCGGAGAGAAUUGGAUGCAUCCCAAGAAAAAGUGUCAGCUCUGACAACUCAGCUGACUGCUAAUGCUCACCUGGUGGCAGCGUUUGAGCAGAGCCUGGGGAACAUGACGAUCCGACUGCAGAGCCUGACCAUGACAGCAGAACAAAAGGACUCGGAAUUGAACGAGUUAAGGAAGACAAUUGAACUCCUGAAGAAACAAAAUGCUGCUGCUCAGGCUGCCAUCAAUGGAGUCAUCAACACACCUGAGCUCAACUGCAAAGGUCCUGGAGCUGCUCAGCCCACGGACCUGCGGAUCCGGAGGCAGCACUCCUCGGACAGCGUCUCCAGCAUUAACAGUGCCACCAGCCACUCCAGCGUGGGCAGCAACAUUGAGAGCGACUCCAAGAAGAAGAAGAGGAAGAACUGGGUCAAUGAGUUACGCAGCUCCUUCAAGCAAGCUUUUGGAAAAAAGAAAUCUCCCAAGUCAGCAUCUUCUCAUUCAGACAUUGAGGAGAUGACUGAUUCUUCCUUACCUUCCUCACCAAAGCUACCACACCACAACACCACUGUUUCAACACCACUGCUGAGAGCUUCCCAUUCCAAUUCCCUCAUCUCCGAGUGCACGGACAGCGAGGCUGAGACGGUGAUGCAGCUGCGGAACGAGCUGCGGGACAAGGAGAUGAAGCUGACGGACAUUCGCCUGGAGGCUCUCAGCUCUGCCCACCAGCUGGACCAGCUGCGAGAGGCCAUGAACAGGAUGCAGAGUGAGAUUGAGAAGUUAAAAGCAGAGAAUGAUCGGCUGAAAUCUGAAAAUCACGGCAGCUGUAGCCGGGCUCAGUCUCAGGUUUCCAUCUCCUCCUCUCCCAGACACUCUGUUGGACUCUCUCAACACAGCCUGAACCUCACGGAGUCAACCAGUCUCGACAUGCUGUUGGAUGACACUGGAGAUGGCUCUGCCCGGAAAGAAGGAGGCAGGCACGUCAGAAUAGUUGUCAGCUUCCAGGAGGAGAUGAAAUGGAAGGAGGAUUCCAGACCUCGCACCUUCCUCAUAGGCUGCAUUGGAGUCAGUGGGAAAACCAAGUGGGACGUUCUGGAUGGGGUUGUGAGACGCCUGUUUAAGGAGUACAUCAUCCACGUGGAUCCUGUGAGCCAGCUGGGGCUGAACUCAGACAGUGUCCUGGGCUACAGCAUCGGGGAAAUCAAGCGCACCAACAGUGCAGAGACCCCAGAGCUGCUGCCCUGUGGGUACCUGGUUGGAGAAAACAACACUAUCUCAGUUACCAUCAAAGGUAUCUGUGAGAACAGCCUGGACGGGCUGGCGUUCGAGUCGCUGAUCCCCAAGCCCGUCCUGCAGCGCUACGUGUCCCUGCUCAUGGAGCACAGGAGGAUCAUCCUGUCCGGCCCCAGUGGCACGGGCAAAACCUACCUGGCCAAUCGUCUGUCUGAGUACAUGGUGCUCAGGGAGGGCAGGGAGCUGGCCGAGGGCAUCAUUGCCACCUUCAACGUGGACCACAAAUCCAGCAAGGAACUCCGCCAGUACCUGUCCAACCUGGCAGACCAGUGCAACAGUGAAAAUAAUGCUGUGGAUAUGCCUCUUGUCAUAAUUUUGGAUAAUUUGCACCACGUUAGCUCCCUAGGAGAGAUCUUUAAUGGACUGCUAAACUGCAAGUACCACAAAUGUCCAUAUAUUAUUGGCACAAUGAACCAAGCCACCUCCUCCACACCUAAUCUUCAACUUCACCAUAAUUUCAGAUGGGUGCUGUGUGCAAACCACACUGAGCCAGUCAAAGGCUUCCUCGGCCGUUUCCUGAGGAGAAAACUAAUUGAAACAGAGAUCAGUGGCAGGAUGAGGAAUGCAGAGCUGGUUAAGAUUAUUGAUUGGAUUCCCAAGGUCUGGCAACAUCUGAACAAAUUCUUGGAGGCUCACAGCUCCUCUGAUGUUACUAUUGGUCCACGGCUCUUCCUCUCCUGUCCAAUAGAUGUAGAUGGUUCUAGAGUUUGGUUCACUGACUUGUGGAACUACUCCAUCAUUCCAUAUCUUCUGGAGGCAGUAAGAGAAGGGCUACAGUUGUACGGGAGGAGAGCGCCCUGGGAGGAUCCUGCCAAGUGGGUCAUGGACACCUACCCCUGGGCAGCCACCCCCCAGCACCACGAGUGGCCUCCUCUGCUCCAGCUGCGGCCUGAGGACGUGGGCUUUGAUGGCUACUCCGUGUCCCGGGAGGGCUCCACCAGCAAGCAAGUUCCAGUGAGUGAUGCUGAAGGAGAUCCUCUGAUGAACAUGCUAAUGAGACUGCAGGAGGCAGCCAACUACUCCAGUCCCCAGAGUUAUGACAGCGACUCCAACAGCAACAGCCAUCAUGAUGACAUCCUGGAUUCCUCCCUGGAGUCGACAUUGUGA